UGCUGCCACACCUCAACUUGCGCGCCAUGGCUGCUGAAGGUCUUCCGCUGGGCGUGAAACUGCUGGCGUUUGUCCUGACGCUAUGCGGUCUGUCGUCGGCGGACCGGUCAGUGCACUUCCGAAGUGCGGUCAGCCGCAACGCAACGGGCCACUGGACCGUCAGCACAGCAGUACUGCACGAUGGACGGAGACGGCCCGAAGAUAAUGAACAGACAAUAGUGUGGGGGACAUACGACUUGUCGUUUACGAGUCUGUUACGGAACAAUCAGCAGUCGCUGGUGACGACUAUUUUAGUAACAGGAUCUGAUGCUGGAGUGACAGUCAGUCGUUUAAGAACCGACGAUCCAGGGCGAGGUGCGGGCCAGCAGCGGCCAGGCCGGCGUGACGGACGUGUGGGGGCCGCUGCUGCGCCGCGCCUCGUGCCCCCCCCCUCCCCCCCCCCCCGGGCCACCCAGCUGCUCGGCGCGGGCCCCCAGCUGCUGGACACCGCCGACAAGUUCGCCCUGCCGGGGCUCAAGGCUGACAGCGAGCAGCAGGUGGCCGCGCAGCUGUCCGUGGAGACAAAGGCGAUGCAAAGCCAGCCUCAGGACUUGCUCCGAGUGAUUCGGCUGCUGUCUCGGCGGCCAGACGAGACCAGCACUCCAGCCACUGGAGACACCCGCUCCAGCGGGCGCAGGUGCACCCCCGUGGCAGCCGCGCCGCCACUGGCUGCCUGCCCCACUCCAGCACCUGGAGACUCUGUCGUCUCUCGCAUGAGGAGCCUUUUUGCAAUUGAGAAGGGCAGCAGGCUGCUGCAAGCAGCUAAGCAGUCGCAACUGUCAGAGAUACGGGUACUGCUGGCUGCUGGUGUGGACGUGGGGACGAUGGACGGCGACGGUUUGACCGCCCUGCACUGGGCGGCAAGGAACGGACAGGUAGAGAUGGCCGAGUGUCUGCUCGCAGCGGGGGCGGACGUGGACGCGCGGGACUUGUCGAACUGGACCGCCCUGUACUGGGCAGCGAAACAGGGGCAGCUGGAGGUGGCGAACAUUUUGCUUUCCGUGGGGGCUGACCUGGAGGCGAGGGACAAGUGGCAGAACACGCCCGUCUUCCUGGCCGCCCUGACGGGACACGUGGACGUCUUGCGGCUGCUGGCGGCGUCCUGUGCCGACCCCAACGCCAGGGAGGAGCACGAGACGACUCCUCUGCAUUGGGCGGCGUACAAUGGCCACGCAGGUGCAGCGGCUGCGUUGCUGGAGUUGGGCGCCGAGAAGAGGGCCAGGAACAGAUCUGGGCGCACCCCGCUGGACGAGGCUAGGGAGUGGAGUGACCAGCAGCUCAUAGACAUGCUCAGCUGAAGCCAGCAGUCCAGCAAAAUGUCUCUUGUGUAUAAACAGCUUCUUUUCUUACAGUAAAAUAUACAAAAAAACGUGCUCAGCUGAAGCCAGUAGUCCAGCAAAAUGUCUCUUGUGUAUAAACAGCUUCUUUUCUUAUAAUAAAAUAUACAAAAAAAAAACGUGCUCAGCUGAAGCCAAUAGUCCAGCAAAAUGUCUCUUGUGUAUAAACAGCUUCUUUUCUUAUAAUAAAAUAUACAAAAAAAACGUGCUCAGCUGAAGCCAGCAGUCCAGCAAAAUGUCUCUUGUGUAUAAACAGCUUCUUUUCUUAUAAUAAAAUAUACAAAAAAACAUGCUCAGCUGAAGUCAGCAGUCCAGCAAAAUGUCUGUUGUGUACAAACAGCUUCUUUUCUUAUAAUAAAAUAUACAAAAAAAAACAUGCUCAGCUGAAGUCAGCAGUCCAGCAAAAUGUCUGUUGUGUACAAACAGCUUCGUUUCUUAUAAUAAAAUACACAAAACAUUAA